AAAUCUUCAGAGAAUCCGUCAUAAUAUUGCUCUCCCUUACGUAGUACAAUAUCGCACAAGGAAGCUCUCAUCUCGUCAACGGCUUUACAUUCUUCGCCGUUUCGUCUUCUUGCACCGCAGAGGAAAGCCUUCGUUUGGUACUGGCAUUAGAGCCGCUCGUCGCAGGCGAGAAGGCGUCGCAGGCGAGAAAGCGGCGCAGUGAGUCCAAUUCAGGUACUCGCAGCUCGCAUUCUGCUGUCGGACGAUUGUCUGUCAACCGUCGCGUUCAGUCAUCCGCCGCGGAUUAGCACGAUUUCACGACUUCGCCUUGCGGAGGAUUACUCGUGCGGUGGAUAACGAGUCCGGUUCAAGCGGUUCUCUCCCCGCAGUCUCCUCUCCGAUUGUUUCUGCGGUGGGUGUAAGAAAGCUUGGCAACGAAUAGCGCGCCGAGCGUGCGGAUAUGCAGCGGAUGGAAAUCCACUCGCUUUCCGCCUCAGCCGCCACUCGUUAUGCCUUUCACGAGCGCGAGAAUCGCGAUGUGAUCCGCGAGGCGAAUACUUUUUGAGGCAAUGCGGGAGCGCGCCUCGGAAGUCGCACUCUUACCUGACAGCGCGCUUUAAUGGCCAGCGAGUCGCCUCUGCAUCGCCCCCAACCGCACGUUCACCCUGCCUUCUCCUCAGCCUUUUCAUCCGCCCUCCCUGCGUCCUUCGCGUACCAUCAGAGUCCUCUCGAGAUCGUACAUUCCUCGCGUCUCGCCGCACCUCCUCGUGCUGCGUCCACGUGUCACGCAGAAGCAGCAGCUGUAGCCAGCGCUGCUGUCGCCGCUACAGCUGGCACUGUAGCCGAAUCUCGUUCCGCGCCACCUGCCGUCUCCGCUAGCGCAGCAGCUGCGGCUCCCGUUUUCCAAGAAAUUUUGGAACGCGAGUCUAUUCGAGGAGAUCCUGCAUCGAAGAUCCAGAAUCAACGGUCAAUGGAGCCGGCUAGUCAACCGGCCACAGUAGAUAGCGCAACAGAUAGUGCCCCUCGAGUAGCCUCUUCCCUAACUUGCGAUUAUGACGAUCAGGAGAUCGACGGCGGUGAUUUCGUCCGCUACCACAGCGAUCCGCGGCCGAAAAAGUCCGGCGGAAUGCGCAUGUCCAACCUGGGGAAAGCGCUAGGGUUGCGCGAGUCGGGGCGGGGGGAAGCGGAUGUAGCGAGCGGAGGCGGAACCAGCGGCGCGAGCUCCGCGCGACCAGCUGCGGCUUCCGCCUCCUCUGCGCAGCUGCGCCAUCACCGCAGCUACCUCAAGCAGAUGUCGAUGCCCGCGGGAAAAGCCGCCACCGAAACAGCCGUCAUAGCCCCAGCCCGCGGAACAGAGGGGAGGAGCGGGGGAGCAGGCGGGGGAACGGGUGGCGGAACGGGGGGAGAUAAAUUGCGAUGGGGGCAGUGGAUGGGCCGUCCGCAGCAUCAGGAGGGGAGAGGGGGAGGGAGGGGCGCGGGGGAGGCGAGCGGAGAGAGCGGGGGAGGGGCGGGUCCUGGCGUGGGUUGGCUGGAUGCAUCUGGACGGUCGGAUUUCGCUAUCAUUGUGACGAGGACAAGUGGCGCGAUCUGGUUGGAGGAGAUGCACAAGCGGCGGGUGCACCACGGUCUGUGCGGGCUUGGGCGGGAAAGGAAGAGCCUAGAGGCGUUUGCACAGGCGCAGCAGCGGAAGGCGGAAGGGGAGGGUGUAGCGGGGGAGGAAAGCCUAGGGGGAUCUGGGGGAGAGGGGGGACCGGGGGGAAGAUCAGGGGGGGAAGACACAGAAUCAGGGAGAAAUGAGGAGGAUAAGGAGGGGAGGGUGAUUGCUGUUGUUUCCGCGCCUGCUUCACUGGCUAUUCCGCCUAAGCUAGUCCCUGGCGCUUUAAAGCGUGCCCCUCUUACCAGGAAGGUUAAGAGAGGACUAGAAGGGGUGGGAGAAGGCGCAGUGUACAGUGGAGUCACAGUAGAAGGUGUGCUUAUAGGUGGGGUUGUGCAAGCGGGCAAUGCCGCGAGUGGCGGUGGCGGGGGGUCUGCUGGUGCGGAUGGGGAUACGGGAAAAGAGCAAGGGUCGCAUCCUGAGCCGCAAGGAGAGGAGGGGGAGGGGGAGGAGGAGGAAGAGGAAGAGGCAUUAAGAGGAGACGAGGAGAAAGACGAUGAGGAGGCUGGGGGAGGAGUGGCGCGCAGGUCAGUCAGCAGCAACAGCGCGAUGGGCGGCGCAAGAGGAGCGAGAGGCUCAGCAGCAGCAGGGGGGGCACGGGCAGCAGCACAGCGGACAGCCAGCGGGGGACCAGCAGCGUACGUGCCGCACUGGAGGAGAGCCAGCGGGGGAGGGGACGGGGAGCGGUGGCAGACGGCGCGGUACGAGCCGAGCCCGACGGUGUCUAUCGACUGCACCAUGUCGUCCACCGCCUCGUCGCCCCUGGACCCCGCGCUCAUGCCGUCCCCCUACUACCCGCACCACGUGCUGCCGCACAACCUGCCGCCCCUGCAGCACCAAUACCCGCGCCACCAGCGGCAGUUAUCGGCCCAGUUCUCCCCCAUGGGCCUCCAGUCCCAGCGCCCUCGCUCGCCUCUCUUCUCCAUGCCUCAGGAUGCCCACCUGCCGCCUCCUCCUCCUGCUGCUGCUGCCGCUGUGGUUUCUGCUGCUGGUAUUGGUGCUGGCGGCAGUACUAGUUGUGUGGAGGUUCUGACUGUUGAGGGAGAGUCGGACGGUGAAGCACUGGGAGAAGGUUCAGGGCACGGCGGGCAGCAGAGCUCAGGGCAGGGCGAGGAUGAGAGCUCAGAGCAGGGUGUGGGAGCGGGGAGGAGGAGAGUGAUGGCGCGGUUCCCUCGGGCCGUGUCCACCCCUGCUGGGAUCAGCAGGUCGCCUCUUAGCAGAUCGCCCGUUGGCGGGGCCAGCCCUCUCUCCGACCCCAAUGCUGAGGACGAGGACGGGGGAGAGGGGGUGAGUGGAGGCGAGAUGGAGGAGGGGAUGGAGGGGAGUGAGGAGGGGAGUGGGGAGGGGAGUGGGGAGGGGAGUGAUGAGGGGAGUGAGGAGGGAGAAGGAAGGAGUCCUCAAAUUAGCGAUGAGGAGGUGGGUGAGCGGAGAGAGUGGGGAAGCAGGGAGUGUGGGAAUGGAGGGGGCAUGCAAGAAGCACCAGAUGGCAUCACAGAGGGCUCAGAACCCCCCAGUCACAGCGCGAACAGUGAUUCCUCAUCCCCGUUACGACACAAUGGAGCAGCGUCAACAGACGCCGAAGCAGCCGCCGUUGCGGCAGCUGCCGAAGCAGCGGACCCGAGCCUGCCGCCGACCCUGGCGUCCCUGGGGAAGAAAGCGGAAGGGAUGCUGUCGACCCGAACCUACCGGGACAAGGACGGGAUAGAGUGGCACAAGAGGGGUCCGCUGACUGAAGCGGCUGCUGUGGAAUUUGACACGGAGCCCAUGAUUAUGCCUGAGGUGGUGGACCGAGUGCCGGUGGUGGGGGUGCAUGGGCCGCAGGCAAGCCUGUUGGAGAAGGAGGAGCGGCUACUGUUCAUCAAGGAGGAGCGGGAGGUGCGCAGGUGGCGCGCCAUGAUUGGGCUGGGCCCCAUGGAUUGGAAUCUGUACCAGAGGAAGCACCCCCGGGAGGUCAAGAAGCGCAUAAGACAAGGCGUGCCGGACUGCCUGCGAGGCAUCGUGUGGCAACUGUUGUCUGGUAGCCGGGAAUUCCUGUUGAUGAACGAGGGCGCGUAUGAGCAUAUGCUGCUGUACGAGCUGUCGAACAACGAGAUGGACAUCAUCCGCGACAUCAACCGCACCUUCCCCACACACGUCUACUUCAUGCAGAAGCACGGCCCGGGGCAGCGCGCGCUGUUCAACGUGCUCAAAGCGUACUCUGUCUACGACAAGAAGAUCGGAUACGUGCAGGGCAUGGGGUUCAUCGCAGGGCUGAUGCUGCUGUACAUGGCGGAGGAGGACGCCUUCUGGCUGCUCGUGGCGCUCAUGAAGGGCGCCAACCACACCUCGCUCGAAGGCAUCUUCCUCGUGGGCCUGCCUCUGGUGCAGCAGUACCUGUUCCAGUUCGAUCGCCUGCUGCACGAGUGCCUGCCGCAGCUGGCACGACACAUGGAGAGCGAGGGCGUGACCCCCUCCAUGUACGCGAGCCAGUGGUUCAUCACAGUGUUCGCCUACAGCUUCCCCUUCGCCACCACCCUGAGAAUAUGGGAUGUCUUUCUGUUCGAGGGCAUGAAGACGGUGUUCCGGGUGGGCUUGGCGCUGCUCAAGCAGCAGCAGGACGACCUGUUGCAGAUGCCCUUUGAGGACCUGGUGCCUGCCCUGCGCACAUACCCCGACCGCAUUCUAGAGCCAGACACGCUGCUCAACGUCGCCUUCUCCUUCAAUGUGUCUGACCGGCUGAGAGAACUAGAGGCGGAGUACACAGCCAUGCAGCACCCGCCGCCCAUAGCAGGACCCAAGGCACAUGGGGAGGCGGAGGAGGGGGAGAGGCAGGAGGGGCAGGGAGGGGAGGGGCAGCAACGGAAAGGCUCCCGUUUCCAGCUGCGCCAGAGAAUCAAAUCUGCGUUUUCACGGCCGCCUAUCGGUUGAUACAGCCAUUCACCCGGAUCUGGACCGUCACCAUUCCCAUCCCACCACCACCCGACUCUUGCGCACAUACCGCCAUCUACACCUCUGUUCGACCGGCACAUGCUGUCCUCGCCCCGGAAAUGGCCACAGCCAUCCAAGGCGCAUGUAACAAACAAACUGUAACAUAUUCGUCAAGAUACGCCAGGUACCUAGAAUCCGCUCGGCGAGGAACAAGAAGCCUUGCUCUUUUCUCUGCUCGUCUACACUUCUCUCACUGGGGGUGGGUCUGCUCAAUGGCUGGCUGGUGCUUGCUCUGUUCUGCUCUGCUCUGGCUCAAACAUGGCUUAUCCAUCCACAGUAGUCAAUUGAUACUGGUAGUGUAGUCAGAAAGCCAGCAUGUUGCAGCGCCUGCGAUUCUCUGUCCUGUAGUCUGUGACUGGCAGGCAGUUGUCCACGGUGCAGACAUGGCUGUUGGGAAUCAGCUACCAGUAUAUACCUAGGAUGAGGCUAAGUAUUUGAUUUAUUUUUUGUCACUGGUUUCUCUGGGGGACUGCAAGCAACACUGGGAUUUCCCUUGAUAGAAAUGCUGGAGGAA